AUGGCUACCCGAUUCAACAAUGAGAAUAGUCGUACGUCGUUCCCAAUGUAUUUUGGUCGGCAAACGAAAUUCGGUGAUGCUGCUUCUACACCAUUGAAAAUGAUAAAAUUGUACGUCGAACAACAAGUGAAUGCAAUAUUUCCGUUGAUGCAUCAAGUGGCAACAACAAUGACAUUUCGAAAUGAUCACAAUCAAGUAUUAGAAGGAGCUUUGGAAUUUACUCUACCUGAAACAGCAACCAUAUGUGGAUUCGGUCUUGAUGUUGACGGUGUCAUUGUUGAUGGUGUUGUCGUUGAAAAACAAAAAGCGCGUAUUACAUUUGAAAAAGAAGUUCGAAAAGGUGUUGAUCCUGGUCUAGUCGAAAUCGUUCAAGGAAAUGUAUUUCGUACAAGAGUCUAUCCAAUGCCAGCAGGAGGCACACGAACCGUACGUGUCAUUUAUCAAGAUCAAGCACAAAUCGAAAAUGAUCGUUUUUUAUUCAAUAUUCCAGUUUACUUUAAUACUACUCUCGAAAAAUUGGAUAUUUCAUUGAUUUGUCUCCACUCACCAAAUGAUUGUCAACCAGAAUUUAUUUCUAAUGUUCAAUUUCAACAAUCUUUUGUGAAUUCAAAUGGAAAAUACUGUUCGGAAAUUCAUCAAGUCAAUGUAGAACCAAUGCAAGAUGAUCAGUCUAUCACGUAUAUGAUUAAAAAUCUAACAUCUGAACGACCUAUUCCAAGUGUAGAAAUCGAUCCCGAUGAUCGUAGUCAAGCGUAUUUUGCUCUAUGUUAUAUUCCACCAAUACCAAAAUCUAAUAAUAUGGUACUCAAUAGUCGAAAGACAAUGUGGAUUUGUAUAGUUUGGGAUGCAAGUUUAAGUCGAGUUAAUGUUGAAAAUCGCAAUCAUGAAAUUAAUAUACUCAAGAUGAUAUUAAACACUUGGCUAUUGAAUGGUGCUGAUAUUAAAUUAACUGUGGUUGUUUUUCGAAAUGUACUUGAAGAACCAUGUUCGUUCAAUGUCGAAGAACAAGAUUAUUGGUGGAAACUUAAUCAGUUUUUAACAAAUCUUUCAUAUGAUGGUGCAACAAAUCUAUUUCAAUUGACUACGCUUUCUAGUACUGUUCCAAAUGCAACGCAUUAUUUUUUAUUUAGCGAUUGUCUUUCGACAAUGGGCAAUGAUAAAUUAGAAUUAUUAAAUAAUUUAACAGCAAAGCCAAUAUGGAUAUUUAAUGCUAAUUUUGCACAUGAACCAACAAAUUUUUCAUUGAUUAAUUAUUUAAUAAAUCUCAGUGGUGGUGGCUAUAUUUCUCGUGAGAAAAUCAAUGCUAGAAAUAGUGCUAAGGAUAUCGUUCAAUGGAUUGAUAGACCACAAACAAGAUAUCUUAAUAUGGAUGUGAUCAAUAAUGCCAAUAUUCAUGAUAUUUAUCCAAGUCAUUCAAUUACAUUAACACCAAAUACAGAACGAUUUAUCCUCGUCGGGAAAAUGUCAUCAUCACAUUCAGCUAAUAUUGCUGUUAAUUUUGUCAUUUCGGAUCAACUUCAUCGGAAAGAAUUCAUGAUAGAUAAAGCAGAUUCAACAACUGAAAACUAUGGAUUAUUAAGAAGAUUAUACGCUAAACAAAUGUUAAUUGAAUUAACUGCAUUUCCAGAAAAAAACAAAAAGCGUAUCUUAGAUAUUGGCUUGAAAUAUUCAAUUGUCAAUGAUUUUACAUCUAUACUCGUCUUAGAAACAUUACAACAACACAUUGAACAUAAUAUAUGUCCACAUCAAUCACGUACAAAAUUAUAUAACGAUUAUAUGGCCUAUCAGUAUAAUAAAAAACAAGAAGAAACUACAAUAAAUCAAGUAAAACUAGCAGCUGUUUUGAAUUUAUGGCAAACCCGUUGCACAUGGUAUGAUACAAUAAUAAGUGACAAACAACGUAAAAAUGCAUUCAAAAAGAAAACUUCUAAUCAAUAUGGUAUGUUCUUCUCUGAUCGAACACGGAGACGUUCACGAUCAGGUUCUCCUGUUACAACGAGAUCUUAUUGCAGAGAACGUGAAACAGAGUUCUAUCGUAGCAGACGAGAACGUUCUCAAUCACGUUCUUCUGUUACCAGAUCUUCUCGAGCAAGACGACUGGAAACGGAUUUCACAAUGGAAGAUGCAUCUUUCGAAUCCAUGGAGCAUGAAAGAUUUGCAGAGAAUGCGCCAUCCUUUUUCUCAUAUAGCCAUCGAGUAGAACUAAAUCACAGCAACGAUGACGAUGAAUGUGAAGAAGUACAUGAAUUAUCUAAUGCUUCCCGUCGUGAGCUAAUAUUGAUGACAAACCAACUUCCAUCCAUUGAUAAAAAUACUUUCUUUACUCCUACUAAUACUGAUAGUAGUAAUCAAACAAUUACUGUUCAAAACUGGGAUCCACAAACUCCAUACAUGGACAAACUUAAAUCAAGUACUAACUUACAAGCAGCUUACCAAAUUUAUUUAGAUGCACGUCCAUCAUAUUCAAAAUCUCCAUCAUUUUAUUUUGACAUAGCAUCCUAUUUUUUCUCACAAGCUCGUUCUUCAAAUUCAAAAUUAUCAUCGAUUGAUACAUUUAAUCAACAUCAUUCAUUGUCAAAUUUCGAUGUUCAACCAAGUUCAAAUGAAAUCAAUAUUAGUAGUUUUAAUACAAAUGAAUAUGAAUAUAUUGGUUUACGUAUUCUAACAAGUGUAUUAGAAUUAGAAUUGGAAUCACCACAAUUGUUACGAACUGUUGCUUAUAAACUUGUUGAACUUGGUCUUUUCAAUUUAGCUGAGAAUAUUUUUCGGCACAUUAUUAAUUUAAGAUCGGAUGAGCCACAAUCAUUUCGAGAUUUAGCAUUAUUAUUGCAAGAAUCAAAUGUUGAAAAUAAGAAUAUUAUAGAAAUAUCAGAUCUAUUUAAGAAAGUUAUAUUUGGUGAAUGGGACACGCGUUAUGCUGAAAUUGAAGUUACAACAUUACACGAAUUCAAUUGCUUUCUAUUUAAAUUCCAUCAACAACAAAUAUAUAAUUCGUUUGAUAAUCGUCUCAUUCGGCAUUUACCUGUUGAUUUAAGAAUUGUUAUGGUUUGGGACACAAAUGAUACAGAUGUUGAUUUACAUGUCAUUGAACCGACCGGUGAAGAAUGCUAUUAUUCUCAUAAAAAUACAGCGAUUGGUGGUAUGAUAAGUCGUGAUUUUACAAGUGGCUAUGGACCAGAAGAGUAUCUGAUUCGAAAGGCGGUCAAAGGUACAUAUAGAGUUCGAGCAAAAUAUUUUGCUAAUCAUCAACAAAGUCUUACUGGUGCAACGACAAUAAUGGUACAUAUUUAUAAAUAUUAUGGCCAAUCAUAUCAGCAAAAAGAAAUUGUUACACUACGAUUGAGUAGUAAUCAAGAAAUGAUCGAUGUAUGCGAAGUGGACUUUGAUGAUGAUAUCAAAUUAAAAUCAGAAAACAAGCAAAUACAUGAUCAACAUUCAAAUAAAAAUAUUCAUAUAAAUAUUAUUUGUGAUGGAUGUGAAAUGUCACCAAUAAAAGGAGAUCGUUAUAAAUGUUUAUUUUGUCCAGAUAUUGAUUUUUGUCAAUCAUGUCAACCUGCUAAUAGAACCAAUUAUGAUUCGAAUCAUGAAUACAAUCAUCCAUUAUUAUGCAUCAAAGAUUCAGAUGUAUAUGCAAAAUCAUUAUACCUACAUAAUCGUAGUGAUAUCAGUCAUAAGAAUAUUGAAUGCAAUUCAUGUUUCAUGAAACCGAUUAUAGGUAUACGUUACAAAUGCGCUUGCGGAAUAAAUUUAUGUGAAAAAUGUGAAUUUAUUGGUUUACAUGAUACAGAUCAUCAUCGGACAAAAAUAGCUAAACCACAAUGA